AUGGGAGCUGAAAUCGAAGGUGACUUUCCAGUCGCAAAGGUCAGCUGGCCGGAGUUCUACAUCACGGGCACAGAGAUUUUGGCGAACAUCUCGAGGGCCAUACAAUUUGACGCACAAUUCUCCACUGCUGAGUUCGCCUACAAUCAUGAGCAUUGGAUUGCCUAUGGACAGACUAUGGCUGAGAAGUUGUUACCUCUCGCAGACAGCUUCCCCGAAUAUACCAAUGAUAGCUCGGUGUUCGUAGCUACACAUUGGCUAAAGGUCCAGCAUGCCAAGACGGCCAUUCGCACGGCAUUGGAAGCACCUAGCUACCAAAUUCCCGACCUCGAAGCCAAGAUGUCCAUAAACUGGGUCAUGCUCGAUGGGCCCCACGCAUUCGUUCCCCUCCCCAGAGAAAAGACCCUCUUCACCUCACCACCCCGCACAGCAUUAACGCUACAAACACCAAACUCCUUCCCCGGCAAAGAACCCUUUGCCGUCAAAUGCAGCGACGGCAAAGCCAUCGUCACCAACCAACGACUCAUCUACCUCCCCGCCACCCCCACUACAAUCCUCGGCCUCGCACCCACAGGGCAGCAACCUCAACGUCCAACCCUAGACUCCUUCUCCGCCCCCCUCCUCUCCCUCCAAGACACCCACGUCACAGCCCCCUUCUUCGGCCCCAACAUCUGGGAGGGCAUCCUGAUCCCCGUGCCGGGCGGCGGCAUACCGCAACCGGACCGCGCCGUCUCUCUGAAGCUGACCUUCAAGGAAGGCGGCGCGUUCGACUUCUCCACGACGUACGAACGCAUGAAGGAGACGCUGGCGCAGGCCAUCGACACGGCGAGGGCGAGCGGGAGGCCCGUGAACGCCGGAGCGCCGGAUGUGGAUCUGGAGCAGUUGCCUGCGUAUGAGGAGCUGGGUGGGGGUGCUGCGCGGGCGCCGGUCCAGAUACAGAGACCGACGCCCGUUGGGCCGAAUGGGGCGCACAGACCGGCGCCGCCGGCGAAUAAUGGGGUGGUGGGGUUGGGGCCUGCUUCUUCGAGCGCGGCGGCGCCGACGCCGGAUGAGCCACCGCCGGGGUAUGAGGAGGUGCUGCAGGGUGGUGUGGCGAAUGAUUUGGAGGGGAGGGUUGAGAAGAGUUAA